AUGGAUUUAGAAGACAAAAAAAUUGAAGCUAAAGAAGGAAAUACUAUAAAAGAAGCAGAGCAGAUAGCAGUUUCAUAUGGAUAUACUAUUUAUUGUUCAGAUGAAACAACACAAAAACCAGUGAUUAAUCGAGAAUCAGAAAAUAUAAUAAAGGACUUAAUGAAAAACCUUCAAGAAGAUCUAGAUAUUAUUUUAGAUAAGCUUCGUGACAUAGUUCCAUGUGAAAAAGUGACUCCUGAAUUAUGGCAAAAAUAUCAAAUGGCAAAUAAGUGUUGGAACUGUGAUGGAAAAUUACAUGAAGCUGAAUAUAAUAAAAUUCGUGUAUUUAAUCCUGAAGCUAAAAAAUAUUUAGGUGCUUUGCAUAGGAAAUGUCAUGAAAAAAAACUGAUAAUUCAAGGCAGACUAGGGCUGUUAAAAAGCUCAUUAGAGUCGGUCUUUGAGUAUGCUCAGCCUGAGUUACUCGGGACCUGA